UUUAGGUUUUUUCAGCUUAAUUUUUCACAGAGCAAUUGACAGAAAGAUUUUUCGCUAGUGAAUCGGAGCGAUUGAUAAACGUACAAGUUCUCUAGCAUAGAGUACAACUUAAAGAAAUGACAGACCAUGUGCAGGAGCAGGAGAUGGAAAUCGAAGCUUUGGAAGCUAUUCUUAUGGACGAGUUUCAAGAAAUUCACCCCAGUGAAAGUGGACUGAACACUUCAAAUCGAUGUUUCCAAAUUACUUUAUCCCCCCAGGAUGACGAGACUGAUGAAUCCUCUACUACUCCAGUUCAGUUGGGGUUGAUAUUCUCUCAUACAGAAAAAUAUCCAGAUGAAAUACCACUUCUGAAUGUCAAAAGUAUAAGAGGAAUUCAUAACUCAGAUCUCAAAGUGUUGAAAGAAAAGCUCGAACAAGAGGCAUCAGAGAAUCUUGGAAUGGCUAUGAUCUACACUCUGGUUAGCUCAGCUAAGGAUUGGCUUUCUGAAUUAUUUGCUCAAGAUAAUGUCGAUGAUAGCGUUGAAGAGGCUGUAUCGAAAAAAGAUGAAGUAAUUGUGCCUCAUGGAGAACCAGUCACAGUUGAUACAUUUUUGGCAUGGAGAGAUAGAUUCGAAGCAGAAUUGGCCCUUGAAAGAGCUAAGUUGAUGCCAGAAUCCGCACUUGCCUCAACCAAAGAAAAGAGACUAAAUGGCAGACAGUGGUUUGAAACAGUGCAGAAAGGUGGAGUAGCAGUGGAUGAUGGAUCCGAUGAGGAAGAUGAGGACUUCGAUUUUGAUGAUGAAGAUGAUUUUGAAGAUGAUGAAGACGACAUGCUUGAGCACUAUCUUGCUGAAAAAGACUCAUCUGCUCAUUCUUCAUCAAGAGCCAGUUAGAGACAAUCGUUACUUCAUGGUUCAGAACCAACAGAUUUUGGUUGUGAAACUGAUGUUUUUUAAUACAAAGUUGCCCAGGACUACAAUGGCGACUUAUAUCUGUAACCUAGGCUGUAAUUUUGGUGUCCAAUACAAUUGAAUCAAAGUUAGGUUUCUUUGAACCAA